ACAAGAAGAGGAACAUUUGAUGGAAGAAAAGAAAAAGAAAAAGCAGGAAGAAAAGAAAAAGAAGGAAGGUGCUCAGAAAAAGGCUGCUGAUCAAAAAACCAAAGUGCCAGAACCUACAAAGACCUGUUCAAGCCAGCCCCAACCUGCCGGUACCAGUACCAGUACUUCCACCAGCACUAUCUCCAGCAGCAACAGCAGCAAUGGCAAACGUGUAUCUGCCUGUGGCCAACAGCCAGCUGCGUCCCGUUACCUGCCACGAGAAGUGCCUCCGCGCUUCCGCCAGCAAGAACAGAAGCAGCUGUUAAAGAGAGGCCAGCCGUUGCCCACAGGGACUCUGACCAGUGGGAGCCCAGUGCAGGGGGCUGGGCCUGCAGGGGCCAGCCCUCCUCCUCUCCCUGGAGCAGGACCACAGCAGCAUCCCGGCAAACUCCAGCCAGACCUUGGUCACAGUGCAUCAGCAGAUCAUUAUGAAACUCCCCACUGGGGGCAGCAGCCCUCAUACAGAAGCGAAGCUGGCUGCAGCUGGGAUAAAGUGAUCCUCGACAGGACUGACCAGGAGGCUUGGCCGUGCAUCCCAGGAACGGAGACUGGCUCUGCCUCAGGAUGUCCCGCAGACACUGACGUGGCCUCCAGCUGCGGCUCUGAGAACACGGGCAUGGCUACCGGGAGCGCCCAGGGCAGCUUCACAGGACACACCAAGAAAACAAGCGGCAAUAAUGGCAGCAAUGGCGCACUCGUCCAGAGCCCUUCCAGUCAGAGCGCCCUUGGGGCCGGGGGAGCCGAUGGGAGCGGAGUGUGGGGUGUAGCCACGGGCUCCGGCUCUAGCCGUGCUCACUGCUCUGGUGGCAGUGGGGAUGGAAAAAUGGACAACAUGAUUGGAGACGGGAGAAGUCAGAACUGCUGGGGUGCUUCCAACUCCACUGCGGGCAUUAACCUGAACCUUAACCCUAAUGCCAAUCCCGCUGCCUGGCCUGUGCUUGGACACGAAGGAACUGUGGCGACAGGCACCCCUGCCAGUAUUUGCAGUCCUGUCAGUGCCAUAGGGCAGAGUAUGGGCAGCCAGAAUGGGAACCCUGUGGGCACCCUUGGUGCUUGGGGAAACUUGCUGCCCCAGGAGAGCACAGAACCACAGACGUCCACUUCUCAGAAUGUGUCUUUCAGCGUACAACCUCAGAACCUUAACACUGAUGGACCAAAUAACACUAACCCCAUGAACUCUUCACCAAACCCUAUCAAUGCAAUGCAGACAAACGGACUGCCAAACUGGGGCAUGGCUGUUGGUAUGGGGGCCAUCAUCCCGCCCCACCUGCAAGGCCUUCCUGGUGCUAACGGGUCAUCAGUCUCUCAAGGCAGUGGGGGUGGUGGGGACGGAAUAGGCAGUUCUGUGUGGGGACUGUCCCCCGGAAACCCUGCCACAGGAAAUAGCAAUUCUGGGUUCAGUCAGGGGAAUGGAGACACUGUGAACUCCUCAUUAAGUGUUAAACAGAACGGAUCCAGCAGUGCUGUGCAGGAGGGAAAUGGAGGGAGCGCCUGGGAUGCAGGGCCCCCUGCCGGGCCUGGUGUCCUUGCCUGGGGGAGGGGCAGUGGCAGCAGCAGUGUUGGGAAUGUCCAUUCAGGAGCUUGGGGCCACCCCAGCCGAAGUUCCUCUAAUGGUGUGAAUGGGGAGUGGGGAAAGCCCCCAAACCAGCAUUCCAAUAGUGACAUCAGUGGGAAAGGAUCAACAGGGUGGGACAGCCCCAGUGCUGCCAGCCAGACGCCUGCCUUGCAGCCUGGCAGUGAACACAUGAACUCGUGGGCCAAAGCCACGUCUUCUGGAACUACAGCAAGUGAAGGAAGCAGCGAUGGGUCUGUCAGUCACAAUGAAGGAGGCCCUGGGAGGGAAGGAGCAGGAGAGGGCCGGAGACGAGACAAAAUGGUUCUAGACCAAGGGCACAUCCAGUUGCCAAGGAACGAUCUUGACCCAAGAGUACUGUCUAAUACUGGUUGGGGACAAACUCCUGUAAAGCAAAACACUGCCUGGGAAUUUGAAGAGUCCCCUAGGUCUGAAAGGAAAAAUGACAAUGGGACAGAGGCCUGGGGUUGUGCAGCUACUCAGCCUUCAAACUCAGGGGGGAAGAGCGAUGGGUCCAUCCUGAACAGUACAAAUACCUCUUCAGUAUCGGGGUGGGUCAGCUCACCACCUGCCUCCACGCCAGCAAGCACGAGCUGGGGAGAGGGCAACAACAAAGCACCCAGUGCCCCCGGGGUCUGGGGGGACUCGAUAAGCUCUACUGCUGUCAAUAAUGCUGCUGCCGCCAAGAGUGGCCAUGCUUGGAGUGGGACCGUGAAUCCAGAGGACAAGUCGCCCACCUGGGGUGAGCCUCAAAAACCCAAGUCCCAAAACUGGGGAGAUGGACAGAGAUCCAGUGCAGCCUGGAGCGCAGGAGCAGGAGACUGGGCAGAUUCAGCAUCUGUCCUUGGGCACUUGGGGGAUGGGAAGAAAAGUGGGUCUGGAUGGGAUGCUGAGGGCAGCAGACCAGGGUCUGGCUGGAAUGAUGCCCCAAGGUCUGGGACCAGUGGCUGGGGCAGUGGCACAAACACGAAAGUGAACCCAGGUACAAACUGGGGUGAGUCUCUAAAGCCUGGUCCACAGCAGAACUGGGUUCACAAGCCCCAAGACAACAAUGUGAGUAAUUGGGGAGGAGCUGCUUCCGUGAAGCAGACAGGGACAGGGUGGAUCGGGGGACCAGUGCCGGUCAAGCAGAAGGACAGCAGUGAAGCCACUGGCUGGGAGGAGCCCUCGCCACCAUCCAUCCGACGCAAAAUGGAGAUCGAUGACGGUACCUCAGCUUGGGGGGACCCGAGCAGCUACAACAAUAAAACUGUGAACAUGUGGGACAGGAACAACCCGGCCGUGCAGAGCAGCACCACGGCCCCCGCCCCCCCCGCCCCCCCCUCCUCGACUAGCACUACGCAUCGGGUCGAGACGCCACCUCCCCACCAGGCUGGCACUCAGCUGAAUCGGUCGCCACUGCUCGGGCCAGUUUCGUCCGGCUGGGGAGAGAUGCCCAGUGUUCACUCAAAGGCUGAGAACUCGUGGGGAGAGCCGUCCUCCCCUUCCACCCUGGUCGACAACGGUACAGCAGCGUGGGGGAAGCCCCCCAGUGGCGGCAGCGGAUGGGAUCACCCUGCCGAGCCCACGGUGCCAUUUGGAAGAGCUCCUGCUGCCGCCCCGGCCCUGUGCAAACCAGCUUCCAAAUCUAUGCAAGAAGGCUGGGGCAGUGGUGGGGACGAAAUGAACCUGGGUACCAGCCAGUGGGAGGAUGAGGAUGGGGACAUGUGGAGUAAUGCUGCCUCCCAAGAAAGCAGCUCAUCCUGCAGCUCCUGGGGCAACACUUGCAAGAAAGGGCUUCAGAAGGGCAUGAAGACACCUGGCAAGCAGGACGAGGCCUGGGUCAUGAGCCGCCUGAUCAAACAACUCACAGACAUGGGCUUCCCGAGAGAGCCAGCUGAGGAGGCCCUGAAGAGCAGCAGUAUGAACCUGGACCAGGCCAUGAGUGCUCUGCUGGAAAAGAAGGUGGACAUGGACAAGCGUGGACUGGGAGUGGCCGACUACAAUGGACUGGUCACCAAACCCCUCAGCUGCCGCCCACCAAUCUCCAAAGAGUCUUCCAUGGACCGCCCCACCUUCCUUGACAAGCUCACCCUUUCUUUCUCCAAUCAGGAUGGCGGCCUCGUGGAAGAGCCCACGACUUCACCGUUUUUGCCUUCCCCAAGCCUGAAGCUCCCCCUUUCCAACAGUGCACUCCCCAGUCAGGCCCUGGGUGGGAUUGCCUCAGGGCUGGGCAUGCAAAACUUGAACUCUUCUAGACAGAUCCCAAGUGGCAAUCUGGGUGUGUUUGGCAGUAGCGGAGCAGCGCAAGCCAGGACCAUGCAGCCGCCGCCAGUGCAGCCUCUUAACUCCUCCCAGCCCAGCCUCCGCGCUCAAGUGCCUCAGUUUCUAUCCCCUCAGGUUCAAGCACAGCUUUUGCAGUUUGCAGCAAAAAACAUUGGUCUCAACCCUGCACUAUUAACCUCGCCAAUUAAUCCUCAGCAUAUGACGAUGUUGAACCAGCUCUAUCAGCUGCAGCUGGCUUACCAACGUUUACAAAUCCAGCAGCAGAUGUUACAAGCCCAGCGUAAUGUUUCCGGACCCAUGAGACAACAGGAGCAGCAAGUUGCGCGCACAAUCACUAACCUGCAGCAGCAGAUCCAGCAGCACCAGCGCCAGCUGGCCCAGGCCCUGCUUGUGAAGCAGCCGCCCCCGCCCCCGCCCCCGCCGCACCUGUCUCUGCACCCCGCUGCAGGCAAAUCGGCCAUGGACAGCUUCCCCCCUCACCCCCAGGCACCCGGCCUACCUGACCUGCAGACCAAAGAGCAGCAGUCUUCACCCAACCCCUUCACUCCUUACCCUCUUGCUGGACUGAACCCAAACAUGAAUGUCAACAGCAUGGACAUGACCAGUGGUUUGUCCGUGAAGGACCCAUCUCAGUCCCAGUCACGCCUCCCUCAGUGGACACACCCCAACUCCAUGGAUAACUUGUCCAGUGCUGCUUCUCCCCUGGACCAGAAUCCUGGCAAGCAUGGUGCUAUCCCUGGAGGUCUUAGCAUUGGGCCUCCAGGCAAGUCCUCCAUUGAUGACUCCUAUGGCCGGUACGAUUUAAUCCAGAACAGUGAGUCACCAGCCAGUCCUCCUGUAGCUGUCCCCCAUAGCUGGUCGCGUGCCAAAUCUGACAGUGAUAAACUCUCCAAUGGUUCCAGCAUCAGCUGGCCCCCAGAAUUCCAUCCUGGAGUUCCAUGGAAAGGACUUCAGAAUAUUGAUCCUGAGAAUGACCCUGAUGUCACUCCUGGCAGUGUCCCCACCGGGCCAACCAUCAACACCACCAUCCAGGAUGUCAACCGCUACCUCCUCAAGAGUGGAGGGUCCCCGCCAUGCUCUCAGAAUGCCCCGCUGCCCUCCUCGAGUGCCUGGCCGCUUGGUGCCUCCAGCUGCAGUGGCCCUUUCAGCAGCAUGGCCUCCGCACCUAGUGUGACAGGUAAACUGUCAGACAUUAAAUCGACAUGGUCCUCCGGCCCAGCCUCCCACACACAAGCCUCUCUGUCUCACGAGCUGUGGAAGGUGCCCAGAAACACUACUGCACCCACCAGGCCCCCUCCAGGGUUAGCCAAUCCCAAGCCUUCCUCCACCUGGGGUGCCAGUCCUCUUGGCUGGACCAGCUCUUACUCCUCGGGUUCUGCUUGGAGUACUGACACCUCAGGAAGAACAAGCAGCUGGCUGGUUCUCCGCAACCUCACCCCCCAGAUCGAUGGUUCUACGCUGCGGACACUGUGUUUGCAGCAUGGGCCUCUCAUCACAUUCCACCUGAACCUGACCCAAGGCAACGCUGUGGUCCGCUAUAGCUCCAAGGAAGAAGCCGCCAAGGCCCAGAAGUCUCUACACAUGUGUGUGCUGGGAAACACCACCAUCUUGGCUGAGUUUGCCAGUGAAGAUGAAGUGAACCGGUUCCUGGCCCAAGGCCAAGCCCUGCCACCCACCUCCAGCUGGCAGUCCAGCAGUGGGAGCAGCCAGCCACGACUUGGUGCCUCAGGCAACACCCAUGGCCUGGUGCGCAGCGAUGCUGCCCACUGGAAUACCCCGUGCCUGAGUGGCAAAGGCAGCAGUGAGCUGCUGUGGGGCGGGGUGCCUCAGUACUCCAGCAGCCUGUGGGGCCCACCCAGUGCUGACGAAGCCAGGGUGAUUGGUAGUCCCACACCACUAGGCACUCUGCUGCCCGGGGACCUGCUCAGCGGUGAGUCCAUCUAGGGACCACAGUCGUCGGGAAGAAGAGAACCCACCAUGCCAGGCUGGCACUGUGGCUCCACCCGGCGGACAAGUUGCCCUUGGCCCCUUCCAGUACCUCUGUCCAGUUCUGAAGAUGAACCUUGGCCAUGGCCCUUGAGAACUGUCCUGAACAGUGCGGGCUGCGUUUGGUCAGUGUCAUGUGCUAGUGACAGGAUGUUACUCAUAGCUUUUUAUUUUGUGUCGUCUUGUGUUUGUAUGGUGUGUUGUCAUUUUGAGUUUUAAGUAUAAAAGCUGCUUAGACUAGUUCUGUCAUGAAGGGCACUUUUCAGAUGGUGGCUGGAAAGGGUUACUUUACCGCGGGCAGGCGGGUGAGGAGACCGAAGCCCAGCGAAGCCGAAGCCGAAGCCGAAGCGAGCCUGUGACGAUUAUGCACACUUCCAGAGGCGGUGGGUGGUCACGGGCAGAGCCGAGCGACAGGCCGGACGCCGGCUGCUCUCUGUCCCCCUAGAUCCGCCUAUGCACAUUACCCUUGUUUCAUUACUUUUUCAUGUCAUUUUUUUUAAUCCCAAAAAAUAUUUUUUAAAAGUUAAAAAAAGACAUAUCAAACAUGCAAAUACUUGAAUCCAGCAGGCCAAUAAUGAAAUGUGAACACUUUCCAAGUCGAGUUCUACACUUCCAGGUCGACAUCAGUACACAGAAAACAGGCUCUAGGAAAAACUUCUAAGUUCAUAGCCUACGUGUGCGUGUAUGUGUGAAGGGGUGUGUGUGGGUGUGUGUGUGCGCGCGCAUGCUCCUGCACUGUACGCGCUUCCUAUGUGCGCGUGUGAGUGUGUGAGGGACUUAGCUGUGGGUUUCCCUUUUAUUCAGUAUAUGCUUUUUUUGGCGCAUUGGUCAAACGUUCGUUGCUAUUAUUAGCUUCUAACUUUGCACUGAGGUGUCCCUGCCCUUCCUUUAGCGAACCCUAAACAUUAAAGAGAACUCACAGGACAGGGCCGGUGACAAUUCAUGUGUAAAUGUUUACUCAAGGACUCUGUUAUUGCGUUUAAAAUUACAGUGUAAAUCUCUGGAGAAACAAUAUGGAUAUCUACCGUUAGCAGCUUUUUAUUGUGGACUAAUGCAAGAAAAUUAUUACCAGAGUAUUGCACCAUUUUCCAUGUGGAAUAUAAAGUUCAAGAGAAAGAACUGUUGUUGAACUGUGGCCAUAGAUACUUGUGGAGAUGGGCGUCCGCGACGGGAGCGGAAGCCAGCACUUGGACGUGGUUGUGACCGCUGUCGGAGGAGCUGUGGUUCAUGCUCCUACCUGUUUACAGACCUUUUUUUCUCCUUCUGACUUUAAAAAAAAAAAUUAAAAAGGAAUUAAAAAAAAAGAGACUUCCGCCGUAAAGAAACCUAUUUUCAGAAUGCAGAUACGUCUCUUCAGAGCUCUGGGAUGGGACACUGCUGUCCCCCUGCGGCCAUCGUCGUGGACUCUGUCGAUUGUCCUCUCCCUUCCUCAAGGUGACGAGGCGUUGUGGUCACUGUCUUGCACAUGCCGGCGCGCUUGCUCUCAGGAAAGCCAGGGCUCCCGAGGGCAGCUCCACACCAUUUCAUGUAUUUUUAAACCCAACUCCUAGCACUGAAGAUGUUAUUUAAAAAAUGAAAAACAAAAAAAAAAAUAAUAAAAUAAAGAAAAAAAGAAAAAAAACAAAGAAAAAUCCCUAAUCUCUAAUGUGUAGCAGUUACAUAUUUACCAAAUAAUGGACUCAAAAGAAAUAGAUGUUUGAAGAGUGCUUUAUAUUAAAAAUUGCUUUAUGUUUUAAAAAUGAUCAAUGUUCUGAUUGUUUUGCAAGGAAGAAAGACAAUGGAAUAACAUACCCUCCAGUAUGUUUUAAAAAUAUAUGAACAUUGUACUCCCUGCCUGCUUGAUCAGGAAACUUGUGCAUUACAUUUUUUAAAUUAGCUUUUUAAUGGUUUUAUCAAAACAAAAAGUCCUGCAGGAGCAAGCGAGCAAUGGAAGCUGGUUUUCUCGAGGGUCGGAACUAUGCACAGACUGCUUAAGGCUUUUCUCACAUGUCUAGCGCGUUAGGAGCAGACCUCAGUGACUACAUCUCAUCACCGUUCCGUGCACUCUGUAUAUUUGAUGCACGCGCACCUGCACACGUGCGUGCGUGUGCACCAGACAUACGACUUGUCUUGCUGCCACUGGCACGGCGUCGUAGAAAAAUGCCUCGUGUUGCAGUUGGGGAUGGGAGCGAAGGAUCUGCUUGCUUGUUUGUUUUUAAUUUUUGUGGGGUUUUUUUCUAAUUUUUCCCCUUUUUCCUGGAUCUUUAUUUUGAACUUAAAAUGUCUGUGACUCUUAAGAUAAAAAGCGAGUUUGUGGCUCUUAAUGUCUCUCCUCAUAGAAUGUGAUUGCUGGACAUGCACCGAACAUUGCUUUCAAAAGUACAACGCUUUGUUGGAUCUUAAUAAAUUGCAAUUUUUUCUUGGCUA